AUGGCGAGGCGCUCCUUAAGCUUGGCUUCUGUCCUCGCGGCGCUCCUGUCGGCCACCGCCGUGUGCGCCUGCCUCGAGGUCGGCUUCUACGACAGGACGUGCCCAUCCGCCGAGACCGUCGUGCAGCAGACUGUCGCCGCCGCGUUCAGGAACAACUCCGGCGUCGCUCCGGCCCUCAUCCGCCUGCACUUCCAUGACUGCUUCGUCAGGGGCUGCGACUGCUCGGUGCUGAUCGACUCGACGGCGAACAACACGGCGGAGAAGGACUCGCCACCCAACAACCCGAGCCUCCGGUUCUUCGACGUGGUCGACCGCGCCAAGGCGGCCGUCGAGGCCCGGUGCCCCGGCGUGGUCUCCUGCGCUGACGUCCUCGCCUUCGCGGCGCGGGACGGCGUCGCGCUCGCCGGCGGCCUCGGCUACCAGGUGCCUGCCGGCCGCCGCGACGGCCGGGUAUCCCUUGCGGCGGAGGCGUUCAACGAACUGCCCCCGCCGUCUUUCAACGCCACCGAGCUGCUGGACAGCUUCGCCUCCAAGAACCUCACCCUUGAGGACAUGGUCGUCCUCUCCGGCGCCCACUCCAUCGGCGUCUCUCACUGCAUCCACUUCUUCGACCGGCUCUACAACGUCACCAACACAACCGACGGAAUCGAUCCGGCUUUGAGCAAGGCCUACGCAUUUCUACUCCAGUGCAUCUGCCCGAGGAACACGGGCCAGUUCUUCCCGAACACGACGACGUUCAUGGACCUCAUCACGCCGACGAAGCUCGACAACAAGUACUACGUCGGCCUGACCAACAACCUGGGCCUCUUCCAGUCGGACGCGGCGCUGCUGACCAACGCGACCAUGAAGGCGCUGGUCGACUCCUUCAUCCGCAGCGAGGCCACGUGGAAGAGCAAGUUCGCCAGGUCCAUGGUCAAGAUGGGGCAGAUCGGCGUGCUGUCCGGAACGCAGGGGGAGAUCAGGCGCAACUGCAGGGCCAUCAACCCUGCUAAUGCUGCCGAUGUCCUCGCCGGGCCAGGAUCUUCAGCAGGGUUCAGUGGAGUGGCAGCAAGCUAAUUUAUUGGUUGUCAGUAGAUGUUAGGUGCUAUGUGCACAGUGAUGUGUAGUGUGAAUGUGUGAUGUUGCAAUAAGAUGUGAGCCAAUGAGCUAGGUAGCUUGCUUGCUUGCUACAGAAGCAUGAAGACACACACCCAGAAGACUGAAGCCUGAAGGAAUAAAAAAAGAGAGGAGGUGAUCUUUUAUUUUUGAAGGAAAAGAGAGGAGGUGAUCACUGUUGUAGUAAUCUACUGUUUUGUAAGAUGUUCAUUUGUGCACCUGAGAGUCUUUGUGAGUAUAUGUUAAUA